AUGGAGCCAUUCGAAUACAGCCCCAUUGUCCAUGAAGAACAUGCAUUUCGCAUAGUACGACUUUGUCCAGGGACGGGACCCAACAUCAAGGCGGAGAUCAUCCAUGCAUCACUAGAGGACAGUAAUCUUUUGGAGUAUGAAGCAGUCUCGUAUGUCUGGGGCUCUCUAGAACUUACCGACUCUAUUGAUGUUUGCGGAAAGAACCUGAAGAUUACAAACAACUUGAGCCUGGUUAUUCGAGAUCUUCGUCUGCCUGAUCAAGAUCGUCUGCUGUGGAUCGACGGUAUUUGUAUCGAUCAAAGGUUGGACAAGGAGAAGAAUCAUCAGGUACGGCAGAUGGACAGAAUCUAUCGAAGUGCAGAGCGCGUCAUUUUCCACCUGGGUCGCUCGUCAGAGCAUACUCCUAUCUUAAACCAAAGCCUUGCAGCGCUCCGACAACAACAGCAGCUUGAACCUGAACUUCCUUUCGAGAUGACCUGGUACAGAGUGAAGGAUGAACUUGCCGACCAAUACAAUGAUUUCGAUGCGAAGAUCCGCCGGUCCGUUGAGUCGAUACUUGCUGAACCGUGGUUUGAAAGGAUUUGGAUUGUACAAGAGGUCGCCAAUGCGCGUAGAGCUUUGAUUCACUGGGGUUACGCGGCGUUUCCAGUCGCCAAUUUCGUCCAUCUAGUACGUCAACUUGGCAUCGAGAUAGAACCCCAACAGACAGCCAUCCUCGAUAUGAUGCCUCAGAAACGGCGUUCAGAGUCACCAUGGAGCUCGAAACAGGACCUAUAUCAUUUGUUGAAGCGGCUCAAGGGAGCAAAAGCGUCUAGGGAUCACGAUAAAAUCUUCGCCUUACUGGGAAUGUGUGCUCAUGGUAAAGGUCAUGGCAUUAUCAACGUGGACUACCAGAAAAGCGAAGAUCUUGUCAUAAGAGAAGUUGUUGCAUACAUGUUCUUUUGCGACAAAGAUGCUUGUGAGAACAUUUGUCGCACACUGAAAAGUAUUGGCAAACUACUUGAAAGCAUUGAAACCUUAUUGGACGACCUGUUGAUCUACUUGGCAAGAAACACGAGACUCUCAGCCCUCCGAUCCUUACUCUCAGCACGGAAAGAUGAUAUUUUGAUCACAGAUAGAAUACUUGUGUCUGUGUUCCAGGUUGUGAACCCGGAGUCUGAGGUCGUGCGCGUUCUGUUAGCUCAUCGACCCGACGAGCUUGUCAUUUCAGCCGAUGCAGUAAAGACAAUGGUCAUCCAAGGCAACAGUGACAUUGCCCGAGUCUUAUUAAAACUGGCUGAGAAGAGCCUAUCAUUCACAUUUGACUGGGCCAAAUCCUUUGAACGACCGCGACAAGGGCUCACACCGUUGUGGUACGCUCUUUUCAAUGAGAACAAGGGCCGCAUCAGACAAUUGCUUGAUGAAGGAGAUGAUGUGAACGCCAUAGCUCCGAAAGGAUUCUCACCCUUAGGUUGGGCUGCCAAAGAAGGUAAAGAGGACAUAGCCAGCAUCUUGCUUGAACACCAUGCCGAUGUUGAAGCUGGAUUCCCAAAGCCCCUGUCCUUUGCUGCAGAAUACGGUGCACUGAAGGUUGUCGAACUUUUACUCGAUCAUGGUGCGAGCGUCAAUUGUCGUGACUACCGCGGCCGGACACCUCUUUCAUUAGCAGCAAGCGGCGGCUAUCAAGCGGUAUUGUCUAAUGGAGACUCGUUGAUCGGACAACGGACGAUCGAUGAGAUGCUAAGCGGAAGUGAACAUGAAUCAACUAUCCAAAUUUUGCAAAAACAGUGGAUGUCGUUACUCGCGAAGGAUUUAUCAUCAAUGCAGCUCAAUACUGUCGACCCGUCAGCUUGUCUGAGACACGCCAAGUCCCUAAAAGACAUAGGUCUUUACAAAGUGCCCAAAUUUUCCCAUGGUCACGCAUUCGAGAAGGGGUUUGGAAGAGAUGGAAAUGAUAAGGGGCCUCAGAAGUUCGCAAUCUGCCAGAUUCCUGAAGUAUAUUCAAACAUUGUUGAUCUAUUACUUCAAAAGAGUGCUGAGGUGGAGUCUCAAGAUGUGUUGGGCGCAACACCGUUAUGGUGGGCUGUCAACUAUGGACAUCUUCCCGCUGUGGAGAGCCUCCUUCAAAACGACGCGAACAUUCAAGUCACGGGAGACUUUGGAAUAACCCUAUUGUCGUGGGCGAUAUGGAAUGGCCAUCAAAAUGUCGCACAGAAGUUGCUUGACAGCCAUGCUGAUGUCGGAAAGGAGUUCGACGACUCGGUCUCAAGUAGAGCGAGCGCUCCCCUAUUCUGGGCGAUCUGCAGUGGCAGCGAAUUCCAAGUAUUGCAAUUACUCGAAAAGGGUCUUGAUAUCAAUACUGUAGCACCUGUCCAAACGGCAUUAACGCUGCGUCAUUUUGCCAUCGCGUUGCUUUUACUUCGUGGGGAUGCCACUUUAACAAGUCAAGUCGCAGCGCCACAACUUUCCAUGGCGGUAUUAGCCGGUGACCAGAGCAUCGUUGAAGCACUUCUAGAACAAGGAGCUGAUAUCGAAGUCUUAUACGAUAACCGUACUCCUUUGAUGCUGGCAGUCAUCCAUGGCUUUGUCGAUAUGGUCGAAGUCCUUGUUAGGAAUAAUGCCGAUAUUAACGCCAAGCCCAGAGGUGGUCUAUCUGUUUUACACUUGGCGGUGUAUUAUGGCUACCCAAAGGUAGCAAACUUGCUUCUGAUGUAUGGAGCCAAGCUCGAGGCUUGCAUCAAUUUUGGAACGCCGUUGGUAUUAGCCUGUGGCAGAGGACAUAUGGAAACCACGAGGUUGUUGCUGGAGAGCGGGGCCAAUAUCAAUGCAAAGAACAAAGACGGUGCAACUGCUUUGCUCAUGGCAGCAGGUUAUGGUCACUGGAAAACGGUGCAGCUCCUUCUAGAGAAUGGAGCUGAGCUCGAGGCGCGCGUCGAUAUAGGCACGCCGCUGGUACGGGCUUUUUACAAUUAUGAUGGAGGGAUUGAAUGUGGAGUGGAUGAUCAGGCUGUUGACAUCAACACAAAUGGACACAACGGUGGGACUGCUUUAUUUAUGGCAGCAGGCUCUGGUGACGUGACAACGGUACGGUUGCUAUUGAAGCAUGGAGCCAAAAUUGAUGCGCAGAGUAACGUUGGUGCUACGCCAUUGAUAUGGGCAUGUUGUUACGGGUACGCGGCCAUUGUGAGACUCUUGCUUGACAACAAUGCCAAUGUUUGCUUCAGAGAUUCUGAAGGGGACUCGGCCCUCGACUGUGCAAGGCGGUUCAAGUGGGAAGGAAUUGGGCGUAUGCUGGAAGAAAGGCUGGCUGUGUCAGUCACUUGA